AUUAUUGCAAAAAUGAAACGGAGGCAAAUAAAAAAGCAUUAAUCCUACACUGCAAUCCUAAUUUCAUAGGUUUCCGUUCUGAGGUGGAGAUGUUGUUUGUUGACAAAACUAUAUAUAUUAAGAAGCUAGAAGAGGAAGGUUUGAGAUUCAGAAUUCUUUUCUUUAAAUCACGUAAAUUUGGAAAAUUAGCAUUCCUUGAUAUGCUCUGCCAAUAUUAUGACAUUAAAAAUGCAGACAAAUUUUCUCAGCUUUUUGGACCACUUUAUAUUGGACAACAUCCUACAAAUUCAUAA